UCCCACAGACCCUCUAAGCAUCCUUGGUUACAUAAGAAAAGUGACCUAACUCAGACCAUCAAUGGAAAAUUGCCUGCCAUUGUGUCCCCCAAAGAUGCUGACCGUGUGGGCAUCAUGACCAUGCCACCUCAUGUCAUGGAACCUCUACUUCCCUACAUGGUGCAUAUGUGCAUAAACAUGGAAUUAUGCAUAUACAUGUUAGUAUUUAUCUAUAUCUACAUAUAUAUAUACAUAUAUAGCGGUGAGUUAGGCACCGAAGGCAACAAUGUAUGUGUAUUUGACAGGAUAAGUUUCUCUUUAUAGAAAUGGUAGAUAAUACAGGCUCUAAAACAAUCAGUGGUGACCUUAGGUACAACAUUGCAGGUGCUAGUGGUGGCUCAGGAGAUCAGGAUGGGGUAAUCAAAGAGCAAGACCAUUUGCUGCCGAUAGCUAAUGUGGGCCGGAUCAUGAAGCAGAUCUUGCCGGCUAACGCGAAGAUAUCCAAAGAAGCAAAAGAAACCAUGCAAGAAUGUGUAUCUGAGUUCAUUAGCUUUGUUACUGGAGAAGCAUCUGACAAGUGUCACAAGGAGAAGCGCAAGACCGUGAAUGGGGACGACGUUUGUUGGGCUCUGGCGACUCUAGGGUUUGAUGACUUUGCUGAGCCAUUAAGAAGGUACUUGCACAGAUAUAGGGAGUUAGAAGGUGAGAGAGCUAACCAAUAUAAGGGUGGCAACAAUGAAGAAAAGGAAGAACCAUCAAAUGUUGAAGGUGAACCACCAAAAAAAGCUACCGUUUCCCCUACUCCAUUCAGGUUCAAUGUAAUCAAUGGAAAGGAGUAAAAACCCUCUCUCUCUCUCUCUCUCUCUCUCUCUAAACGAUAUGAAACUUGUAAUUGCUAUUAGGAUGAUGCCAGUGAACAUGAAAUUUGUGGAGGGGAUGAGGAUGGGGAGUGGGUUUUUUCCUUUCCAUGGCUUAGGUAUUUUUACUUAAUUUGUCUUUAAUUGACUAUUAAGCUUGGAUAUUAGUAGGGAAUGACCUCUGAAGCUAAUCCUUGUAUCUCUUCAGACAACAAGGUUUGUGAAUUGGAUUUUGUAUGAUUAGGUAACUGAUGGAUGUGUCAUGAUUUGAAUUUGAGAAUAAACAUAUAUGAAAUCUAGGGUUUUGGUUUGAGCUUA